AUGAUAGAAAGCGCUGCUCAGACUGUGAUAGAAGUGGUGCUUGGAUUAACUUACAUAUUCGUCGUGUUUACUAUUGUCACAUCGAAGAAUAAGAUUUUCAAGAACAUCUUUUAUGUGCUAUUUGCAGCAACAGGAGCCGCCGACAUAUUCGCCGUUUACAUCAGCAUAUUCUUUCGGCUUAUUCGACAGUUGCGUUUUGGUCCGGAAAUUCAGCAACUCGUUCCAUCUUUUGUGUUGAUCAGUGGCAUUACUUUCUUCGCCCAUAUGAUUGGCAAUAUGAUCAUUGCCCUAAAUCGUUACUCAGCUCUUUGCUUGAUGAAGAACUACGAU